AUGAUGACUCGCAGAGGCUUGGCUUUGCAAGAAGAGUCUAAACUUAAAUUAGCACUGACUGAAUUGCAGUCUUGCAGGGAUUUAUGUACCCAGUUAACAAGUGAAAGAGAAGAAAAUGAAAAAGAACUCUUAAGUGUGCUGGAAGGCAACAGGAAGCUCAAAAAUGAAAUGUCCUUGCUAUUUCAAGAAAAUAAUUCACUCAAAGAUCAGUGUGUUAUGCUUCAGCAGGAAUUAAAUAAACUUGAUAGUUAUGGUAAUGAGUAUGAAGUUGCUUUGCUGCGCAUAAGAAGUCUUGAAAAACAGCUAUUGGAGGCUCAACAAUAUAUUAAUAACCUGGAGGCAGUAUCACAAAGUGUAAAAGAUACACACACAAACAUUUUAUAUAAUACAUUAAUUCAUGAUUCAGGUUCUACACCAACUCAUAAUGUAAAAAGUUUAGGUAAAAACAAAAUAAGAAAAUAUAUUAAAAUUAAUAAAUACAUUAAAAAGACACAGAAGCUAAAAACACAAUAUAGAAAUGUAAACAGUGUGGAUUUAAAAGUUCAAAACACACAACUUCAAAAUGAACUUGACUUGCAUUUAAUUGAAACUGAAAAUGCUAAAUUAAAAUAUGAAUCUGACACAUUAGAUUUAAAAACAGAAAUUUUAAAAUUACAAGAACUUACAAACAGUCUCACUUCUAAAUUUGAAGAAUCACAAUGUAUGGUAGAAAAAUAUUCUUCUGCAAUGGAAGAUCUGCUUCAAAUUUCUAAUUACACCGCAGAAUGUUAUGAGCAAUUACAGAAUAAAACUUAUGGUUGCAAUUAUAAAAGCCUCCAAUUACCACAGACAUCACAACACACUCACAGCCUCACCUACACCACAACAAACACUCAGUUAAAGGAAAAAAUUAAGGCAAAAGAAAGGAAUUUAAUGUAUUCCGAUGAAAUGGGCGUUUUCAGGCCUGGUUAUACCCCUUUGAUGAAGGAAUGUUCUAGAACGAAUUUUCUAGGUGUGGGACAAGGACGGAAUGAUACGCGAGAGAGAGGGAAGAUCGGAACCUUCUCGAAGCUAGACCGAGCACUCUAG